AUGCCACCAAAAAAGCGCAAGUCAUCGAGCAUUUCCGCCAUGAAUGGUGCCUCAUCAGACACCAAUAAACGCGGAAAGCCCGAUCUUACGCGUCCACAUCCCCAUGCCAAAGAUACAGAAGACUUUGGCAUUGUCCUGCGCGACUUCUAUCCCCCUGAGAUGUGCAACGAGCGGUGCGAGGCUUACAAUAACGGAAAGCUGGAACGACCCAUCGAAUCCCUACAGAGGGCAUACGAAGACACGUUCGAUGAACGUCAGAAAAUUGAGCCCAAGACAGCCGUCGUUCACUGGUUCAAAACAGAUCUUCGACUACAUGACAAUCGCGGCCUCCAAAUGGCAUAUCAGGUUGCGCGAGAACACAACCUGCCUCUGAUCGGCUUGUAUAUUCUCUCUCCGGAAGACCUGACAGCUCAUUUGUCGAGCGCUCCUCGUGUGGAUCUGACGUUACGAACACUAGAAUUGUUGCGACGAGACUUGAAUGAGCUGGAUAUUCCUUUGUAUAUGGAGACGCAGGAAGCGAGGAAGGACAUUCCUCAAAGGAUUAUAAAUUUAUGCCAGGAAUGGGGUGCAAGUCACCUCUUUGCAAACCUGGAGUAUGAAGUCGAUGAAUUGCGCCGCGAGGCGAAAUUAGUACGACUGUGCGCAAGAAACGACAUACGAUUUGAAGCAGCACAUGAUACAUGCGUUGUCACUCCCGGCAAGCUAGUCAGCCAACAGGGGAAACAAUAUGCAGUCUAUAGCCCGUGGUUUCGCUCCUGGUGUGCCUUCCUCAAUGAAAAUCCAGAAUACCUUGAGGUCGCGGAUGAGCCAGGGUCGAACCCCGGCGAUGCACGCAAGGACUUCAAGACCCUCUUUGACUGUGAGGUACCUGUUGCACCGGAGAACAAGCGUCUUACUGAGGAAGAAAAGACAAGAUUCAGGGAGCUGUACCCGGAGGGCGAGCAUGAAGCACUCCGUAGGCUGGAGGCGUUUCUGGAGGAGAAGGCAAAUGACUAUGAUGAUUUGCGAAACUCACUCGCGGGGCGGAAUACAUCCGUGCUAAGCCCCUAUUUCGCGUCUGGGGCACUUAGUGCACGAACAGCUGUUUUUGAGGCCCGCAAAAAGAACAAAGGCCAACUGAAUGCGAACCAGACUGGAUAUGCAUCGUGGAUUAGCGAGGUCGCUUGGCGAGAUUUCUAUAAGCAUGUCCUGGUACAUUGGCCAUUCAUAUGUAUGAACAAGUGCUUCAAACCCGAGUUCACAAAUCUAGCGUGGUCGUAUGACAAAGAUCACUUCAAUGCCUGGUGCGAGGGCAAAACUGGCUAUCCGAUUGUUGACGCCGCCAUGCGCCAAAUGAACCACGCCGCCUGGAUGCAUAAUCGCACGCGCAUGGUCGUUUCAUCAUUUCUUUCGAAGGACCUAUUGAUAGACUGGCGCGCAGGGGAACGAUAUUUCAUGGAACACCUGAUAGACGGCGACUUCGCCUCGAACCACGGCGGCUGGGGUUUCGGUUCUAGUACUGGGGUUGAUCCCCAGCCAUAUUUCCGGAUCUUUAAUCCUCUACGCCAGAGUGAGCGAUUUGAUCCAGAAGGUGAGUAUAUUCGUCACUGGGUGCCGGAACUACGUGCGAUUGAGAGCGCGGCGAUUCAUGACCCAUAUGGCCGAGGAGCUGGGGAUAUUGCUGAGAGGAAUGGUUAUCCAAGGCCGAUUGUGGAUCAUUCUCAGAGUCGAGAUCGUGCGUUAGAGAAUUAUAAGAAGGUUGCCCAGGGCCGCUGA